CUCUAAGCAAACAUUCAGUGAUUUGCUAGCAGAUUUUCCACUGGAUUACUCUCACAUAAUGUAUAUAGGCUCUAAAAUACAUUUGAGAUAUACGAUGUAAGCAAUUAUUCCAUACAAUCUUCACCUGCCAAGCCACUAGAGUUGGAGAGGAAAGAUAAUUGAGAACCAACUUGCAAUCCACCUCCAAAUAUUCUUCCAGUCUCAAACACAAGUAAGUUCAAUUCAAUUGCUUUCCUAACAAUCAUAACAUCAUCAGACGCAAAGGAACUUGGAAGGUGAAGAUUGGAAAUAAAAGCUCCUAAAAAUUUUACCUUCCUAGGCAGGGAAGUUUUUCUUUUUGAUCUUUCUCUUCUGUGUUCCAAAUGGCCAGGAAAAUCGAGAUAUUAUCACAAUUUCAUUUUACUGCUGAAGCCAUACAUAUGGGUAGUGCCAUAGUGGCCUAGAGUCCCUAGCCUGAUCAUAUUGGAGGUGGUGGAGAAUCCAAUAAUGCAUAUAUCAAAGGAAAUUUCUUGGAAGAGAUAUACAUUAAUAUCAAUUCUAAUACGAACUUCCCAACGCUUUCCGAUCAUGUUUCUUACAUAUAUAUUAUUAUUUUUUGGCCGGCAAUAAGAAGCAGAAACUGACAAAUAUUUAUGUACACACACGCAUAUAUAUAAUAUGUAACAGCUAUAGAGAUGAAAAGCACUUGGCUGAGGGCUGUUUCGAUCUGUUUAGUUAGCUCUUGCAUCCAAGAAGUUUGCAAUAUGGCUGGUAGAACUGAUCAAGUACCCUCUUCUUCUGGUGCUGGUUGUUCUCCUCCUUCUUCAGUCCCCAUUUCAUACAAACACGAUGUGUUUCUGAGUUUUAGAGGUGACGAUACACGCUCGAAUUUUACAGGGCAUUUACACACAGCUUUGCGCAACAAAGGAAUCAAGACCUUCAUAGACGAUGGGCUCAAAAGAGGAGAAGACAUAUCUCGAGCACUUUUCCGAGCAAUCAAUGACUCAAGGAUGUCUGUCAUCGUGUUCUCUGAAAACUAUGCAGAAUCACCAUGGUGUUUGGACGAGCUUGUUGAGAUCCUUGGAUGUAGAGAAUCAAAAGGACAGAUGGUUAGGCCAAUUUUUUACAAAGUGAAACCCUCUGAUGUACGACACCUGAGAGGUACUUUUGGUAAGGCACUUGCCCAACAUGAACUCAAUUUUGAGCAUGAUAUUAUGAUUGUGCGUAGAUGGGGUGCAGCUCUUUCUGAAGCGGCGAAUUUAUCCGGCUGGCCCGUGAAGGAUCAGGAUCCACUUGUGGUAACAGCUAUAGAUAUUAUUCCAAGACCACCACCACCUAGUGUGCUGCAAGUCAAUUGGUCCCGUCCAGCUGAGGGUUAUCUUAAGAUAAAUUAUGAUGGUGCCUAUACUGUGAGGAAGGGAGGAUUAGGUGUGGUUGCUCGGGAUGCGAAGGGACGUUUUGUGGCAGCAAAGUGCAGGUUGGUUAAUGUUGAAUCAGAGGGCGAUGUGGUGGCUAUGGCAGCACUUGAGGCUCUGUGUCUAGCUAAGGAACUGGGUUGGCCACGUGUUUGUUUUGAGGGUGACUCCGUACGUGUUGUGAAUGCUCUGCAAACUUCUACUGCUUCUGAUGAGUCCGACACUUCCUCCUUCUCCUCUUUCUCCUCCUCUUCCUCCUCCUCCUCAUUUGGUCAGAUCAUUAGUGAGAUUCUAUAUAUGUCACGCAGCUUUCAGCAGUCUCUAUUUUCUCUUGUUCACCAGAAGGCUAAUGUUAUUGCUGAGAAACUUGCCACACAUGCUUUAUCAAACCCCGAAGAAAAACAUUGGCUUGUUAAGCCCCCUACUCUUCUCAACUACUAUUUGGGUCAGGAAUACCAAUCUUCUGGAUAGGCAAAUAGCCAUCAACAAAAUUGUUUCCUUUAUAACGAAAUAUAAAAAAUGAAAAUGAAUAGCAUUCUCUUCCUUUAUGUACUGGCAAUUAUCCCCAUCGGUUAACCAAUUAGUAUUAUCUUGUGGAUUAAAAGGUGAUUUCUUUAGUUAUUUAAAAAUUCCUUCUCUUCUUGUGCUUAUAAAUUCUAUUGUCCUCGAGUCGUCGUAUAGCGAGAAGGACAAUGCGAAAUCGGACAAGAGUGUUCUUGAACUAACCGGUUUCGUAAUGCGAGAUUGAAUGCUCUUUGAAAGUACCUUCCCAGAGGAGUCUUGAUGGAAGGAAGUACCUGACGACAGUUCAAGGACUGAAGAGAGACUUCAGUUUGAGAAUUAAGAGUUCUGCUGCAAUAGCAAAAAGGGUUCAGGACAAAGAGCUUGGCAAAAUAAUUGAGCUCCAAGG